GCAGAUACGUCAAAAAAAUUGCAAGUUGAAGAAAUGUCAAAUCUUCCAUCAAAAUAUUUUUUUUGAAGUGGGUGAAAAGGAUAUCGUGAAUUGUUUACGUAUGAAAAACGCGUAAAAUUUCAAUCACACUUCAUAUAAUGUAAUGCAGAAGUGAAUUUGACUACAAAUAAUUGGUACUACGUUUGGCAAAAUGAGUAAGCAUAUGUAUUCUACUGCGAACCUUACUGAUAAAGAAUUGAAGGAGCAAGGCAAUAGAUUAUUUAGCUUACGGCGAUAUGAAGAUGCUAUGAACUUUUACACUAAAGCAAUUAUAAAGAACCCAUCAGUUGCAACAUAUUUCACAAACCGAGCAUUAUGCCACCUGAAAAUGAAGAGAUGGGAGGCAACAUGCCAGGACUGCAGACGGGCGCUUGACAUAGACACCAAUCAAGUUAAAGGCCAUUUCUUUCUUGGACAGGCGUUAGUUGAGCUUGAAUGUUACGAUGAAGCCAUAAAACAUUUGCACAGAGCUAAUGAUCUGGCACGUGAACAGAAGUUGAACUUUGGUGAUGACAUCGCUGCACAACUGCGUUUGGCUAGGAAAAAGAGAUGGAAUGUUCAGGAAGAAAAGAGGAUCUCACAGGAGAUUGAAUUGCAAACAUAUCUCAAUAGGUUAAUUAGUGAGGAUAUGCAACGUAGAAUAGAGGCGCUGAAAUUAGAAAACAGUAAUGAGGAGGAAAUUAUUGCGAAAUCUUCAAAGAUCGAAGAGGAGUGUAAUAACUACAGUAGUGAACUAAAUAACUUAUUUUCUAAAAUGGACGAGAGAAGAAGGAAACGCGAUGUACCGGAUUAUUUGUGUGGCAAGAUAAGUUUUGAGAUUUUGAACGAGCCAGUGAUUACACCGAGCGGUAUUACAUAUGAAAAGAAGGACAUUGAAGAACACUUAGAGCGCGUGGGUCAUUUUGACCCGGUCACCAGAGUGAAGUUGACUGCAGAUCAGCUCAUACCCAACUUCACGAUGAAGGAAGUUGUGGACGCGUUCCUCCAGGAGAACGAAUGGGCGCUCGACUACUAAUUACGUCUCAAAGUGCUCAUUAGUGCCAUUGCGAAAAUGUCACUUCUCUUUGGUGAAUAAUAAAGUUCCAAAUACGCCACGAUAGAUGUCGCUUUUUUCAAUUCGUAGUAAUUUUGUGCCCUCUGUCCAGGAUUUGGUGUAAGGUUCUAGUAAUAGAUCAACUGUCUUUUAAAUUCCAAUUCAUGUUAUUGCGUCCAGUAGAAUUUAAAUACGGUUUUCUCAAUGUAUUGUUGUGUGAAAACAUGUGUAUUGAUAUUAUAAAUGUGUAGCCAUCUUCUUAUUCUGUGCACUAAGUAUUCAUCCUUGAAGUUAUCCAUGAAUGUAUGAAAAGUGACAUUUUCGCUUUGGCAGUAUUUAUUAAUCGAUAUGUAACGUGAUCCAGAAAUAAAUGUUUUUAUCAUUGGCCCAAG